UCACUCGAGAGCAGUGACGAAGCGGAGUUCGCCGGUUUUGUGAUGCAGGAAAGCAUGCUUUCGUCGCGGCGAUCUCCUACUCACCCUGAGGAGGACGGGCAGGAGGGUGGCGACGGAAGUUUUGACGACGAGUCCAAGACGAGGAAGAGCGCCUCCUUCGGCGCCAGGGCUUUCGUGCACACCAGGUCUGCUCUCUCCGGCCAGUGCGCCACCGUCUCCAUCUUCCUCUUCUUCCUCGUCUCCGUCGCCUCCUUACUAUUCUCCCGCUCACGUCACGUGCUCUGCGUCUCGCCCUACGAUCCAUCUACUCGCACUUUGCUCUUCGGAGCAGCCCUCGAUGGCCUCGCCUCCGAUUUCGGAUCCCUCGGCGUGCCCUGGUGCAGAUCGAAACAAGGGAAAGCUGUGGAGUGGUCAAGAAAGGACUUGCUUAAAGGCUUGGAAGAGUUUGUGAAGAUCUAUGAGACUCGACCUAUCAAGAACAACAUGUACGGCAUGGGCUUUGACCACAGCUUUGGGUUGUGGUUCAUGGCACGGUGGCUUAAGCCAGAUCUGAUGAUAGAAAGUGGUGCUUUCAAGGGCCACUCUACUUGGGUUCUGCGGCAGGCAAUGCCAGAGACGUGGAUAAUAUCACUAUCGCCCCGCCACCCAGAGAAGUAUCUGAAGAAGGGACCAGCAUAUGUUGAUAAGAAUUGCACUUACUUUGCCGGAAAGGAGUUUGUGGACUUUGGCAGUGUUGACUGGGGGAGCAUUUUGAUGAAGCGUGGGAUUUCUGACCUUAGUCGGGUUCUUGUGUUCUUUGAUGAUCACCAGAAUGAAUUGAAAAGAUUAAAACAGGCUCUAAAUGCUGGUUUCCAACAUCUUAUUUUUGAGGAUAACUACGAUACAGGAUCUGGAGAUCAUUAUUCCUUAAGACAUAUAUGCGACCAAUACUAUAUUAGAGGAGGUGGACAUAGCUGCUUCAUCGAGAGUGAUGAAGCAAGGAUCAGGAUGAAAAGGAAAAGGUUCUGGGAGAAAGCUGUGGACAGAGAUGAACUUUGUGGAAAUAGUGAAGAAUGGUGGGGUGUGCGGGGCUAUAUGCGAGACGAUUUCAACCAUAGCAACAAGGCAAUCUCCUAUGAAGAACAUUUUCAAAACAGCAGGUUUGUGGAGUCGGUAUUGGAUGUUUACUGGGAACUCCCUCCGGUUGCUGGCCCAUCACUUACUCACCAAACAAGGUACGACCCUGCCCGUGCCUCUGAUCCAAUUAUCGAAGAUGGAAGAUUUGGCUUGUUCCAAAGGUUUGGCCUAGCAAAACUUGAAACUUCAGUUUUUAAUGGAUAUACACAAAUGGUAUAUGUUCAAGUGUCUGCCUCAGCCUCUUAAAUCACAUGCAGAGCUUUUAGAAUCGCUUUCCUUUUCUCCGUGUUCUGCACAAGGAAAUUGAACUAGUUUGUUCUGUUGUUUUUCAUAUUUCCUUCACGUUUCUUGACUGUUCUCUGUACAUAUUUUUUCCGUUUUAUUUCAAGUUGAACUAUGCAAGCUUGGCUCAUCAUUAGUAAAUCAAAUUGAUCCUCACGAUUGGAUUUGAAGCUA